CGCAGCGGAGGCGGGAUGCUCAGGGCAGCGGAGCCCCGAGAGGCGCGGGUGGAGGCGAGUGGUCGCAGUCCCUGGGCAGCGCCACCCUCGCAGUCCAAGCGGCUCACCUCCUUCCUCAUCCAGGACAUCCUGCGGGACUGCGCGGAGCGGCGCGGGGGACACGCGGGCAGUCCACAGCACCAGCGCCAGCCAGACCCGAGGAGGGACCCUGCGCCAGAGCCUGAGGAAGCAGGAGGUCUCGCCGUAGCUCUGGGGGGCCCGCCAAGUAUCCGACCCAGCCCUGCGGAGACGCCGGCUGAACCCGAGACAGAUGGGCACUUUGAGCCUUAUCUGUUGGACUGUGAACACACUUCAGGCGACUUAUCAAGCACCCCGCAAGUCCCUAAGCAGCCUCAGAAGCGCUCCAGGGCUGCCUUCUCUCACACUCAGGUGAUUGAGUUGGAGAGGAAGUUCAGCCAUCAAAAGUAUCUGUCUGCCCCUGAAAGGGCUCACCUGGCCAAGAACCUCAAACUCACCGAAACCCAAGUGAAAAUAUGGUUCCAGAAUAGACGCUAUAAGACUAAGCGAAAGCAGCUGUCGGAAGACCUGGGGGUCUUGGAGAAGAGCUCACCUUUGUCUUUGCCAGCCCUGAAAGAAGACAGCCUGUCCGGUACCGCCUUGGUCUCCAUGUACACCAGUUACCCCUACUAUCCAUACCUUUAUUGUCUGGGCAGCUGGCGUCCAACUUUCUGGUAACAACAGUUCAGAUGACAACUGCGUAGAUCAGAAACUGCCUUCCCUGGGGGUCUCUGGGAAAAAGCCACAAUGGCUGAGGUCAAGGAGUCGGAGCAAGAGGUGUGCAGACCCAAACGGUUGGGGGUUCCCAGGGAAUAUUCCAAUUCUUCUCUGGUGGGCCAGUGGAAGAUCUGGAGCAGUGACUAUUUUCAGUAUCUAGUCACAGUUCCAAGUGUUCUGUAGGUCACUGCUCUCUGCUCCCUGUUUGGAGAGAGUCAGACAAGUUCGUCUGUUUCUAGAACUUAGUGUGACUUUGGAUGCAAUGGUUACAUGGUUCCUAGGAAUUCUGUUGCUGCAACUCCAUUGGUCUCCCAUAACUGAGUAUCAUGAAAGGGUCAAGCAAAGGGAAGAAGGACCCUUUAGCUGAGGAUGUCCUCUUGAAUUAAACUUGGGUUAAAAAGUCUCUUGUUGGCCUUGGACAAUGGCCAGGGUUUCUCUCUGCCCUUGUAAAAGUGAGGGUAAAUGGAAGAUUUGAAGAAGAAAAAACAGACCUUAGCGAUUGAGGAAGGCUGGCACGGGACAUAAAGGGGGUGGGAAGUGGAAUUUUUAACCUCUUGCCCAUUUUGCAGUGGUACAUAAUUCAAGAAUUUACAGGGCCACUUGAGAGGGGCAGGGUGCACACAGUGUGGGGUUUAAGACAAGCUGUGUAAACAGUUUGCCUGCAGGGGUGGCCUCAAAACAGGCUCUUCCUGUCCCAAACAAGGGCCUAGAGGGUUUCCACACUCCAGGUGAGCGCCUCAGUUGUGACUGAGGGAAGAAAAGGCCUUUGCCCAUGCUUCCUGCCUUCACGGGGGAACUUAAGAGUCAGGAGCUUUCAGGUCUGAAUUCACACUUCCUUAUGAAAGAGGUGCCAUCAUUUUAUAACAAAGAACCUUCCUUCCUUCAUUUAUUUUAUUUUAUUUUAUUUUAUUUUAUUUUAUUUUAUUUUAUUUGUUCUUUCCUACAGGACAUCUCAGUUCAGGCUUUUUAUCUAUGCAUGCCUCUUAUUUAGCUUAAGAUCUGCUCCCCCACUCUCAAGUUUUAUCUUCUUGUGGUUUAAAACAAACAAACA